AUGGAGAGAGACGGCAACUCCAAGAACUCAACACACGAGGCUGACCUCGUUCCAACGGACAACCCCCAGACUACGGAAGUCAUAUCUGAUGCCACCGCCACUGCGCACAUCCAAAUCAGGGAUUUCUCCUCAGCGCCUCCUUCUCAGGAUGAUGCUGUGCGUGAGAAACGGGAAGGCCAGGCUUGGGAGAGCCUGGGCGGUGAGCCUGCUCCGGACGUCUUGCCCGCCGACUUGGGUCCCGGGUUCGUGGAUGUCAACGGCGACGUGGGUGGCUCCGGUCAUAACGAAACGGUGGUCGAUGUUAUUGCAGUGCCCUGCCCAGGUGCCGAUCCGAUAAAUACCUGGACUUUUGGCCAUGAAACGUCCGGCGACGCCAGCGCCCCAGACUUGCUAGACCAGGUGGAACGGAUACGUGACGGGGCGGGAUCUAGCUACAUGUCCAUGACCAACCUCAAGGAGAGCAUCCAGGAUCUCCUCCAGCUGCAGAGGACGCUCCCUCGAUCCCUGACCGAUGAAAUCAACGUCCGUAACCUGGAUCUCAUCGCACUACACGACGAGUUUGUAGAUAUGGCGAGCGAGUUUCGUCUUUGGUCCUUUUACGAGACCCAAGAGUCCACGUUGUCUGGUUCCGCUGCCGGCUUUCCGAGCGAUGUUCAGUUCGGUGCCCCUCUGGUAUCGGUGAAGUCGGCACUCCUUGAAGUAUGGCAAGAAGACGUGUACGCCGUCGACAGUGACCACGCCCACCUCGCUUCGUUUGGACCGAGCAAUUCCCGCAUCAUGGAGUCGUACCUUGCGGAUUUCGCUCAGGCCAUCAAAAAGGCAGCGCAGCUCAACCACGCCCACCGCCACACACCGCUGCAUUUAAAGUCACUGGUCAAGGUUGAGGUUAUCGGCUUCUACGAGGACCCGGAGGCCAUGAUGGCAUCGCCUCGGCAGCAACAGGGCGGGGAGACUGGCUCUAUGAUCCGCCUGUAUUCUACAAAGCAUUCUUAUAAGGAGUUCAUCAAGAAGGGACCAGACCGCUGCUUAGCAGAACGGCUCCAUAAAGGACCCAAGAGGCGGUCCAGCAAGCGCAGCGUCAGCGGCCGUUCUGAAACAGAGCCAUCGGCUAGCGACUCGAAGGGGGAAGGGGCCGGCCUUGGCCUUCGCAGCCAGACGACCGACGCAUCGCAAAGCACGACAACGACUUUGUCGCCAAAUAUCAUCAUCACAACCCCCACAGAGAGGCCACCGCUGCUGAAGGUACCAGCUCAGUCAGAGCCUACUUUUCGUCCCCCCAGUCCGGACAGCAUCGCCAGUGUCAGCACCACCAUGUCAGAGCCAACCCUGACGCUGCCGUUUAGCAGCGACUUUACAGGGGAAGAUGCCCAUACCAUCGACUUGCUCGCUCAGCAGCAAGCAAAGUCGUUGGUGAAACAACAUGGCCUGACCGCCACGGCCGGCUUCCUGCGGCCCAGCCCGUCAUUGAAGAAGUUUUCGUGGAUUCACAUGCCAUUCAACAACCCAGUCUGGGUCAAGGAAAUCUUUGCAACUUUGGGAAAGACCCAGGGGCUAGAUUUCUCGCGGCUUUUCGACUAUGAUAACUGGACGUCCAAACAGAUUCAAAACCGCAAUUCAGAAUCCCAACCAGCGUAUCUCAAAGCGAUAUGCAAAUAUCUCUCCGCUGCGGACCGUCUAAAUUCUCCGCGGAUCCCAUCGCCUUUAUUUGGCCCCGUCAACAUGGGCAUCACCCCCAAUUGUCUUUAUCUUUACCUCCCCUAUCUCCACUUCGACACAUACCAAAGCAUGAUCCGACGCCGAAAGUUAGUUAUGAAGCGCCGAUGUCAUGGGCGAGCCAAGCCAGUCCCUCGGUGGGUUGAGCAGGAAUCUCUUGAACUCAAGGUGAUUUGGGAGUACAUCGGUUUCGACCCCCCUCUAAAUUGCCGUCGAACCCUGGACCAAUUUGGCCAUCACUCUCUCAGGGAUACCAAUUCGCGGGACGAUGACCAGAUGCUGUAUAAACUCACCAAAAAGGACACCCCGGCGCCAUGGAGACGCAUGGCAAACCUUGGCUCUACGCAGUCAUCGGGCGGGCGCUCCAUGCCUUCAGCUAAGGGCUCUACUUCGAGCCUAUACGACGGCACGGACGUCGAGUUCGGCGUCGAACCGGGGUCCGAACUGAAGGAUGGCCAUGUUUUGAUGGUUGAUCAACUAUGGCUCUGGUCCAUUGAUAUGACUACGCUGGUGACUUUCUUCUCCAGGCGGGAAUCUAACCCUACGGAAGGAACCCUUUUCCAGCAGGCAGACUUGCGGAGCAGCGUCUACAACGAGCUCAACGGCGACCUGACAGGAAGAACAGAGAACACGCUAGACCUUGCGGCGUUGAUCGUAUGGCAUGCCGUCACUGUCCUCCUUGACCGAUCCUCGCACCCCGACCUUGAGAUAUUCCGUGUCUUUGACGAGGCCAUCGGAAUGCUGGCCGAGAGGAUGACGCUCAACAUGAAGCAAUUCCGGAUCAACGCCCUUGACAUGGAGCCAGACGAUGAAGACGAGUCAGAUGAGUCAGACGCCGAAGGGGAGAGUCCGACGGCGAUCAAAAAGCGACACAGGCGCGAACUGGAACGGUCUGAGCGUGAAAAUAGAGAAAACACGUCGGCCCUGUUGGAGUUGCGCGACCUGGAGGACGAGUUAUCGACGCUCCAAAAGCUGUUCGAGAUGCAAGACUCCACAAUCCGCCAAAUGAAGGAGAUCUAUACGAGCAAGGACUUCAAAGAUAGCACCAAAAACGGACAGGACUAUUUGGAAGAGGCGCUUGAAUACCUCGACGACUACAAGCAGCAGACUGUUGAGAUGCUGAAGAGGGUAGACACCACGAGAAACGACUACGAGAAGAUGUUAGAGAUGGUCCAGCGCCAGGCGCAGGUCGACGAGGUCCGCUGGUCGCGUCUGCAAGCCGAGCUGGCAUCGAGCCAGAACCUCUCGGUCAUGAUCUUCACAACGUUCACCGUCAUUUUCCUUCCCCUAACCUUUUUCACCGGAUUGUUUGGUAUGAACACAAUCGAGUGGCAAGAGGAGGAUAUUCCAAGUUUGAAGGAAAUUGGCGCCAUCUCCCUCCCGGCGUCCAUCUUGCUGAUCAUCGUGUCAUUGGUGGCGGCCUUUAGUUGGCGUGUGCAGAGCACCUUCAAGGCGACGUACAAGGGGAUCAAGACGUCGUGGAAGGUGAUCAAGAACGUCUAUUCCGAGAGGCUGGAGCCAACCUCGAGGAAAGAGGCCAAGAGAAUAAGGAGAGAAGAAAAGAAGAGGCGGCAUAGGGAGGCGAAGAUGGCAUUGGAUGACCAAAGCUACGAUUUUUGGGCCAUGGUCAAAAGACAACAGAGGGAUGUGCAGUACCAAAUCCCAGAACAGAACGUCACCGGCUCGACGUCUGUCGAUGUGUCGAAGAACCGGAAGCGGUCAUGA